CUUCGUCCAGUGCCAAACGUGUGUGUGUGUUGGGGAAGAAUAUCAGCAAUACAAGACUAUGAAAAGAAAACCAGACACAGCUAGAUUAUAAAAAAAAAAAAAUAAAUAAAUAAAUAAAAAAAUAAUAAUAAAUAAAUAAAUAAAAACAAAGAUUUAUCGUAACUUGUUCCGGGGGAGUGGGAGGUGAACUUGUCAGGUUAGUGGUCGUCAUGGCAGCAGGCAGUGGGAAUGGUGGUGGUGUGCACGCCCAGAAGGUGUGUGGGUUCUUCCUGCAGCAUAAGGGCAGACCGUGCAGGAUGCUGGUGAAGGCAGGGCGGCGGUACUGCGGCCAGCACCUGGUGGAGGAGAACUCGGAGGAGACAACUGGCAAGCACAAGAGGAUUCCUUGCCCUCUGGAUCCAAAGCACUCCUGCUUUGAGCACCGCCUGGACCACCACCUCACUAUCUGCAAUGCUCGGGUUGUGACAGACCUUCCCCACCUCAGGCUCAACUGUAAUCUGCGGGUGUGUGGGGAGUACAUGCCCGCUAAAGUGUCCCUCUCCUCCCUGCCUGAUGAAGUGCUGCUAGCCUUCAUCACCAAGUUGGAAAGGAUACAUGCAGACGCCAUCGAUGCUGUCAGAGAGUCAAUUAUGUGUCUGGAUGCGGUGGAGGCAGUGAUAGCAGAAUGCUGCGGCAGUCCCAGCAUGGUGCGCCAUCUCAGGCAGACCUCCUCCCUCCUGGCACACUUAAAGGCAGCAAACCUCCUUGACACUGCCACCAACUCAACUUGUUAUGUGGAGUUUGGAGCAGGCCGAGGCCAACUCACAAAAUCAUUGACCGAGGCAGUGACAGACAUCAGCAAGGCUCUGUUUGUGCUGAUAGAUCGAGGUGCUCAGAGGUACAAGUAUGACACCAAGCUGAGAUACAACCAAAGUAUCAAUGUAAAACGAUUUCGCGUGGACAUUCAACAUCUCAGCCUGGAAGGAGUGGAGGGCAGUGAAGACUACCAGCACAUAGUGGGACUUGGCAAGCAUCUCUGUGGCAGUGCUUCAGAUCUAGCCCUGCGCUGCUUGUGCCAGCACCCGGGUAUGCAGGUUGUGGGGGUGGUGCUGGCCCUGUGCUGCCACCACCGCUGUGUCUGGGACUCCUACUGUGGUCUGGAGGUGCUGCAGGGACUGGGUGUGCAGCCCUCAGAAUUUUACAUUCUGACAGCACUGACGGGAUGGGCAACUUGUAACUCAAAAGAUGUUCCAAGCAAGGAAGAGAUGACUUCUGAACCUCGAAACACGGACAGUUUUGGAAUGAAUGCUAGUCAAGAGAAGCAUCCUGAGCUUUUAUCACCAAAAGAGACUAUGACUAGGAAAAAUCUUGUGGACAAUCGUUACACAAGAUUGAACUUAGCAGCACAGCACCGGGAGGAGAUAGGCAGGAAGGCCAAACAGGUGCUGGACUAUGGUCGGAUGCAAUACAUGCGCGAGCAAGGCUUUGAGUGCAGCCUGGUGCAGUAUGUGGCCAAGGACACCACCCCGGAGAAUGUUGCUUUGAUUGCAAGUCGUGUGCCAAGGAAGGGCAUACAGGAACCAGUACAGAGCCUUGAAGAGGAGAUUUGAUGAUGAGAGGGCUCAUAAAUAUAGGACACACCAAAGACUGCACUCUUCUCCUCACUCCACAGUUAAAGAACAUCAAGGUAGUGUUGUUCUGAAAGCUAAGAAAAUACUGAAGACAGUGUAUAUCAAAAUAGUCCCCUAAAUUAAGUAACAUUGCCUCUGCUGCUCUCUUUGCAUCAUACAACUUCCAACCUAUUGUAGUAAUGCUGAAUACUGUUCCUACUCCCUCUAGAACAGAUAGUGGAACCAAACUAACUUCGCAUUAGGGGGUGUUGGCUGUUCCUACUGUGCAUUGCUGUCAUCCUUUGCCGUGAUAGUUCCAGAGUUAUAAGUUGUUAUAUAUGGCUCUUUAUUUCAUGAUGGAUCAAUGAUGCUGUAUAUCUUCUGGUAUGUGGUGACCCAAGGCCAUGCAGGAGCAGAAAACAGGAAUAAUAUCCAAGAAGGCACUAGAACAGAAGUAGAUCUCAAAAAGAAAAGGAUGGAAGAAAGGUAAGAGACAAAAACUACUAUAAGAUAUAGUAAGAGACAAAGGAAAAAAGAGAGAUAUACAAGCAGAUACCAAGAGGAAAACAAGGUAUUGCAGGCCAAAGAAACAAGAUAGUGAAGCAGAAAAAAAAGAAAAAAGUUAGAGAGGCGAAGAAGAGAUAGAUAGCCAAGUAACAACAAGGAAAAGAGUAUACAAGCAAAACCAAGUGAAAAAAGAUGGGAAAAAAUCUUUUCUAAACUAAAGACUAAAGACAAAUAGAAAGUAGUACAGGCUGAGAAAGCUAAUUAGAGACGCAGAAGAUGGCGAGAAAGCUAAUUAGAGAUGCAAAAGAUGGCAAGAAAUACUUGGAAAUAGCAAGGUAAAUAGAAGAUAUAGCAGGCUGAGGAAGCAAGAUAGAGGGAGACAAAAGUGAACAAGAGAUACACAAAAGUAAACACCAAGAUUAAGAGAAGUGAUGGAACAAGACGAGAGAAUCAUCUAGAAUAGACUUUCCAUGCCCAUAAGUUAUCAGAAGACUAAGAAUUAUAUGAACCAAAGAUACUCAGCAGAUGUGGAUGUGACCUGCGACACAGUCCAGAAGAGGAUCAGCUGAUUAGCAUAUGACUAGUGUAUAUAUGGGAAAGGAGCACGAUCUGCCCUCUUUGAUGUCUGGUGGGGUAGACCAGAAUAUUGUGGAAUUAACCAGAACUCCACCCACCAAUAUCCCGGUGUGCUCUGAGGGUUGUAACAGAACCCUCCAUGCUCCUGAUGGUAGGCAGUUGGAGAUCUGUCUUAGAGCACUUCAGGUUUUUGAAGCCAUGUAGGAGGGAACAGCCAUGAUGCUUCACCAAUUGAUCGUUAAAGUGGUGAAUAUAGGGUGUUCCCCCUUCUUUUCUUGGACUCAAUCACAGAUUUUGCCAGUGUCGUAGCAGGAGGUCUUCAGCCCGUGUGCAUGUUCUAAGACAUUGCCGGUGGAUGGGUUGGUGACAAUCUGGAAAUCACGCACCACAGACUGAAGACCAUCCCAAACCACAACUUCCCAUUUCUGCGCACCUAUGGCUGUCCGUAUAUUCGGCUCCCAUAAAACUGAACCCUUUCUUAGCCAGUUGUUUGACUAAGAGGUAGAGGACUCUCAUGUCUCUUGAUCCUCUCUGGAGAAAGGACUGGGCAAGAAUGUAAGAUGUGAUCAAGGGAUUCCACUUGGCCACAGCCCAAGUAGCAAAGGAUGGGGGUUGCCAGAUCCUCUGCUAGAUAUUCUCAUUUUGGUACUAACCAUGCCAAGGCAGGAUUUGAUGGUGUUCUCAUUUUAUUACUCACAUACCAAGGCAGGUUUUGAUGGCGGGGACAUAAUUAUAGCUCUUUGUAGGGAGGAUGCCAUUGUGUACCUGAUCAUGGGUUGAGGACAAGCUGUCUGCCCCUUUUAGGCCUCUACCAUCAGCUGAGGCAUAGAGCUGCUCUUUGUGUUAGUGCAGCAUUUUUUCUCAUUUCUUUAGCAGUUACAUUAGAGGACAUUUAAAUAAACCCUUAGUGAUCCUCACAGCCCUGCUUCCAUUGCUCUUAUUUAGCCUUUCAAGGCACCCCUUAUAUAAGGCAGGUACAGUGAAGCAUGAUACCCUUAGUUCCCAAUCACAUACCUUGGUGUAAAUGGUAGCGUUAGGGGUGUCUUUGGGCAGGUGUAGGACCUUCUUAGCAAAGUUCCUUACUUCAGUCAUGUUGAUGUAAUGUACCUUUCUUGAUUUUGCAAAGUAUCCUUAGGUACUGAUGUUUAGGUAUAAUGACACUUUUUAGACCUCAUAGUUUUUGUUGGAGCUUAAGGGGUACCUGUUAUUAAGUCUUUAAUCAGGGCUUUGAGGGUCCACCUUGGCUCAGCUUGGCCCAAAGCUAUUCCCACCUCCAGACUGAGGUAUUUGUAGGUUUCCCCCAACCCAAGUGCUCAAAUUUUAGUGCUCCCAGCAGUGAAGGUGGAGCAAGCAUCUGCCAACCAUCUCUUUCUCUUCCUGUCUCUCUUGAUGUUAAGGAUGGCACAUUUAUGAUGACCAAGCUCCAGCCCCACCUUCCUAGCCUCCCUUGUGACAAGCACAUCAAGUGAUGCCUGGAGGCCAGUCAGAGUGGGGGCUGUGAGUGCCACAUCAUGUACAUAAACAAUAUAACUAAGUACGGUUCCAGCUAGACGUGCCCCUACAUCUGCUGGUACUUUGCAGAGUGCCCAGUCCAAGGUGAUGUUGAACAAGUAUGGGGACAGUGGAUCUCCCUGCAACACUCCCCUCCUGAUGGGACUAGUGUCCCAUCAGGAUUAUGGACCAACUCAGUGAGUGCUAAUGGAAAAUCCUAUCUCCUGGUGGCAGCAACCAGGUAGGGGGGGGGUACCUCACUAAGUCAAAGGCCUUUGUAAAGUCUAUAAGUGCAACAUAAAGGUUGUCAAAUUUG